CACCCCCGGGACCCGGUCUGUGCCUGCGGCCGGUAUAACUGUUCUCUCCAUGGUGGUUUCACACUGACCUCGCCUGGGUCCGAAAUCCGAGUGCAGCUCCGGGGCGGAUCCCCUGCGCAGGAACACGGGGUAACGGCCGUGAAACCGCCCUGGCCAUUCGUCUGGCGCGUGUGUGACCGAGAGCAGCGAUGGUCUCUUGGGGGCCACUUGUCAGAGGGGUCCCCGGGUUAGUCCGGACCUGGAAAAGCAGCAGAGUCCUGUGGCAGCUGACAGACUAACAGACGUAUUGGAGCAUGAGCUUUGGCGGGUGAAUACCCACUUCGUCGGAUGCUUGGGGGCCACUUGACACCCCCCAGUUCUGCCACGGACCUCACCGGCGCCAGGAGUCCAGCCGGGAGUGUAAAGAACUUGGUGACCAUGAAGGAGAGCCCUCUCUACGUUGAUUGGUUCACAGACUAUCCAGAUACGGUUGUAAAAGUGGGAAAAGUGACUUUUGGUGAGAAAUCCAGGAACAACAUGACAGAUUGCAAUUUGAGAAGGAAACAAGUUGGUAACAUUUCCCGAGCAGCAUGUGCAUUGCUGAAUUCAGGAGGAGGAGUGAUAAAGGCAGAGGUUGAUAAUAAGGACUACAAUUAUGCAGAACAUGGGAUUGGACAGGAUAUAGAAAAAGCCCUUACAGAACUCACUCCAUCUAAAAUGUCUCAAAAAUAUUUUGAUUUUGAAUAUAUGCGGGAAAACAACUGUGUGUUAAUUUUUGUGAAAUCAUGGAGCAGUGACAGUUCAUCUUUACCCCGUAUUUGCAGCCUGAGGACAGGCUUGUACCAAAGAUGUCUGACUCUAAAAGACAGCAUGAGUCCUACCGAAGCAGCACAAUUUCUCAAAGAGAAGGAACUUUCUGCCAGGAGAAAACGUGAUGAGAUGGGACCAAGAGCUAAGAAAGCUCUACUAAGUGAUGUUCAGCAGGAACAAAACAUGUAUACGUCUGCUGAAAGAUUUUAUAAAAGAGACUUUCUCUGCUUUGGGGAAAAAUUAAAUUUCACGGAGUCAACGCAUAUUGAAUUUAAGAAGUUUGCAACAAAGAACAUUUUGAAAUACAUUAAAGAGAUCCUGCCAAAUUACAUCUCUGCUUUUGCAAACACACAAGGAGGAUUUUUAUUUAUUGGAGUGGAUGAUAAUGGGACAGUUGUUGGAUGUACAAAGGACAAAGUAAAGAUCAAUGAAUUAAAAGAAGCAAUAGAACAUGUUAAGGGGAAAUUACCCAUUUCACAUUUCUGCAGUUCUCUGCCUGGAGUGAACUUGGAAUGCAAAAUGCUGGACGUGUAUGAUAAAGAUCAAAACGUGUAUGGUUACGUCUGUGCUGUGAAAAUCCAGCCGUUUUGUUGUGUUGUGUUUUCGGAGACUCCAGACUCAUGGACUGUGAAGGACAAUGAGAUUAUGAGGAUAGCAGCCAACGAAUGGACAGGCUUGAUGAUGGCAACUGACCCAGAGAUUUCAAAUUUGUGUGAAGCUUUCAGAACUGAGCUGAGUGUGUCAUGUGCACCCCCACUCACCAAAACCGUGUUUUCCAACAAAGGCCUUGCUUGUCUGCGUGAUCUGCAAGAAUCUCUAUUUCCAGCAAAUGGUAAUGGGAUAACAUACAAACCAGACAACCUCAGCAAAGAGCUGUUCUCAGAGUAUCCAGGGCUGGAGGAUUUAAUGAACGAGCAAAUGCAAGAGCUGCAAUAUUCUCAGGGACUCCUGAUAUUUGCAAGAAGCUGGGCUGUUGCUGUUGGAUUGCCAGAGAAUCAGCAUGUUGUCUGUGAUGCUCUCUUAAUAGCCUCAGGCAAAUACCCAACGCUGUACACGGUCACGGAGGAUUGUUCCGUGGUUGGGUAUGGAUAUUCACAAUGUAUUGCUCAUACGUUAAAGCAAAAACUGGUAAACGAUGGGGGAUACACUCAGAAAGUGUGUGUGAUUCCUCAUCUCUUACAGCUUGGAACCAACAGAGCGCGAAAUAAUGACUCACGUGUACAAGUCAGGUAUCCCCUUUCCUAUGUCCUCUUGCCCAAUGACAUGCCAGACUUACUUCAUUCACUUGUGAUAAUCCUGUUGAGUUUUAGAUCCUUCUUAAGUGACGGGCUUGGCCGUGAAUUUUUCAACCUUCUCACCAUUAAACAGUACGAAAUACUAACAAAGAAUCUUCACAAAUUCAAGAAGCUGUUUAUCUACGGCCUGCCAGGAACAGGGAAGACAGUUGUGGCCCUGAAUAUCAUAGAGAGGAUAAAGAACGUGUUCCACUGCAAAUCUGAUGAGAUUCUAUACAUUUGUGAGAACCAGCCUCUGAAAAUGAUUGUGGAAAGUAGAAACAUUUGCCAGUCUGUGACCCGGGCUGGUUUCUUAAAUGAGAAUUACAAUCCAUCAGUGAAGCAUAUAGUAAUUGAUGAGGCCCAGAAUUUCCGGUUAGAGGAUGGCGAUUGGUACGACCAAGCUCAGCGCAUCACCCAAGGAGAUGGACAUAGUGAACCUGGUGUUCUCUGGAUCUUCUUGGACUAUUUACAAACAAGUCACCCAUUUCGAUGCGGUCUUCCAAAGCUAUCAGAACACUAUCCUCAGGAGUGGCUAACUGUAGGGGUCCGGAAUGCCACCCAGAUAUACAAUACCAUGGUACAAGAGAUGCAAAAUAUUGUAGAAAAACGUCCACAAAUUGAUAUUCCUUUUGAGCGGUUAAGAAUGCUGCUAAAUGAAGCCAAAUGUGGCCAUCCCCUGCCAGGUGUUUGUAGGGUAGAAGAAAACUUGGACAAGGAUGAAAUAGUGACAUAUGUGGUUGACACCUGUCGCCAAUAUUUCCGAAAUGGUUACUCUGGGAAAGACAUUGCUAUCCUGUGCAACACAACGAGAGAGAUGGAUAUAUAUAGUGACAUGCUGCAACCCAAAAUGAGAGAGAUGAUGAGACGUUUCAGACUGGGUGCAUAUUUCACAACGGCAGCUAACGUGCUGGGACAUGACAUUGUUCUCGAUAGCAUACGCCGCUUUUCUGGCCUGGAAAGAAACAUUGUGUUUGGAAUCAACCCUGUCCCUACACAGGAAGAGAUUUCCGACAAUCUUAAACUCUGUGUGGUAUCCAGAGCUAAUUUACACCUACAUUUGCUGUAUGAAAGAUAAUGCUUGAAAAUAUCAUGGUCGUUCACUCAGGAUCUGUUUAAUAACCUGUGUAGGAUUUCCCUUGGGUUGCAGCUGUGCACAGAGGUUGAUAGUCACAUCGCUUUUCACCACAGUGAAAUUUUAUCUUAGAGGGCUCCCAUCUCCCAGGCUAAUAAACUGCAUGAGACCUGGUGAGGCCUGGGGGUCUUAAAAAGCCAGUUCCUAAUAUAAACUGAAGGAGCUACAUGGGAUAUAGUGAGAAUGGUUCACUUGCAGCUAAUCAGUCCUCCCUGUUCUCUACUGCAGCAUCCUUUUUGACUGUCUGGGAGUGAAUUGACAGGGAGGAGGCAGUGUGCUCUUGUAGCCAGAGCAGGGAAGUGAAAGACGUUCCAGCUCAGCCCUGAUUCCCUGUGCAACACGUGGGCUAAUGUUUCAAGAGCGGCCUCUGAUUUUGGGUUCCCCCCUCUUCAGGUUCCCAAAACACAACACUGUGAGCCACAAAACUCCAGCUUGGCUGCAACCUAACCCUGUAGGGGCCUAAAUUCACUUGGUGCCUAACUUUCUGCUGUGCAAAUUCCCCAGCUGUUUAAGUUUCAGAUGCUGGGGCAUGUGUACCGCUCCCUCCCUCUAGGAGCCUGGGCACUUGGCUCACCUAAGCUCAGAGCGGUUCACCAACCAGGGGGAGACUAAGUUUUGUGCAGGAGGUGGUUUGGUAGGCAUGCUCAGAGGCUGCUUACUGCAUUGGGUCCCAUUCAAAACUAACCAGAGAAGGAGGUGGUGGUGAUGCCCACCUCAGAACUUUCAGUCCAGGGGUUAGAUGGGGCAGGCCUAGGUCCAGUUCCCUCCUCUCUGCCAGAGGGGUGUCUCACCUCUCUGGAGGGCGCUGUAACCCCUGAGCUAAGGGGCAUUCUGAUGUGUUGUUCCCUCAGUCUCUCCUGAGGAAUCUAUGGAUAAAUAAUACAGUGACUGGAGCAGGCAGAUAGACCCAGGGUCUCCCAUGUCCUGGCCCAGUGGUUAGAGCACUCAUCUAGAAGUUAUAAAGUGGGCACCACCACCUCCUCCUGCGGCUUUUUUUGUGGUGUGAGUCAAGCACCAAACUUGCUCCUGCAAGAGCCGCCUUCAGUGCCUGAGCCCCUUGUCUCCGGGAAAGCGGUUGCCAUUUGUGAAAGGCCAACAGAGACAGGGGCCUCACUCUGAGAAAAGGGCGGGCUUAGCAGACACCUGUCUUGUUGGCAUCUCCCAUUAGCUAGCUAGGCUGCUUCUUGCCUAGCGUGCUGCCUUUUGUGGAGCGCACUCUAAGGGGCUGGUCUCUUCCCAUUCAUUGUACAGGGAACCUAGGCACCUCUCUUUGUGGAUCACAGUGUUGUUCCUAUGACUUUCUAGGUGUCUAACAGUUAGAUGUUGCCACGAUGGGCAUCACAGUCCUUAAGUCCCCGUGUAGAUCCCAGCUAUAGUGACUAAAUCAUUGGCGUUAUGGAUGCUCAGCACCUUUGGAAAUCAGGUCCAGAAUGUCUGAAGUUAGCUACCAGGGUAGAUGGGCCUAAACUAAAAGAAUUGGAAGUAACGCUAUUAAUUAUUACUUAAAUCAGCAAAUAGGAAACCUUGAUUUAAAUCACUGAUUUUAAUCUUCUCAUGUUUAUAUUUACGUAGCCAAAAUAGCCUUCACACUUUGAUUUUUUUUUGCUAAUACUAUAGCUUUAAAUGCUUAUUUAAACAAUCAUAUCUUUUAAACAGUAAAAAUUAAGAAUGGUAAUUUUUUAUUGUGA